AUGCUUUCUUCUUGGGGAAAAAAAGAGACAGAAAUGGCUAGGAGGAAUGUCUUUGAUGUAUGUCCUUUCUUGCUCUUUGAAGUCACCGGUGAUUCGGAGGUCGAUUCCGAUCUGAAUAUGGUUGGUACAAUAAUUGAAGAAGAUCGAGUUGAAGUUGCUGAGGAUGAUGCAGAAUCAUGCAGUUGUGAGUUAGAUGAUGAUGUACGCCUUAACGAGUUCGACGAUUCUGAUCAUAAUCGAGAACAUGAUCAUGGCAAUGAUCAUCUCCACGAAAAUGAUAAGGAGGCUGCGGAGAAGGAGGAAGGAGAGGUCAUUAAUCAAGAUUGGACUGGUGAUAAGGGAGUGUUGUCCAGCACCAACAGUAUCUCGAAAUUUGUGAUGGCAAGGAAACGCAAGAAAUCCGAGGUUUGUGUUGAUAAAACGUUGGAGGUGAUGAAUCAGAGGGACAGGGAUAGACUCUUCUGGGAGACCUGCUUGGCAUCUUGA